AAGAACAAACUUGCUUUGGCCAUAAACCCCAUGCCCACAGGAUGCUGCUGGGGGACAGAGCUAUCAGUCUUCGCUGAGAAAUAAAUCCCCUUAAAAAACCUCUUGAAAUGAGCUAAAGCAGCGCUGGAUUUUUGCUGGCUGGAUCUGACAUACUACAAUGAAGAUACUGGUUUUAACUGGAGUGUUCUCUCUUACCUCGAAUCUUUUUGCAGCAGCUUCAGAGUCUUCCCACAAUAACUCUGCAAUUCAAACUGUGUCUCUUAUCAAGACUUUUCGUGGAUUUUCUGUGAGAGACUAUGAUUAUAUCCCCCCUUACGCUAUAGAAGGGGAGACGACGACAGCUCGUACCAGAGAGCACAAAUGCUCCUCAAAACCACCCAACGACUCAACUCUAACAGAAGUCAACAACACAACCUUGGAGUACCUCACUAGUUCUCUCAGCACCAAGCUAAUCCCCACUGUCUACCUCAGCGCUGUCCUACUCGGCGUGCCCUCCAACGCCAUUAUCCUGUGGAUGCUGCUCUUCCGAAUCCGAUCGGUGUGCACGGCCAUCCUCUACACCAACCUGGCCGUUUCCGACCUGCUCUUCUGCAUCGUUUUGCCUUUCAGGAUAGCCUACCACCUCAACGGAAACAACUGGAUUUUUGGCGAAUGGAUGUGCCGGGCUACCACGGCCGUGUUCUACGGCAACAUGUACUGCUCCAUCCUGCUGCUCACGGGCAUCAGCGUCAGCCGCUACGUGGCCAUCGUCCACCCCUUCAUGUACAAGCGCCUGCCCAAGCGGGCCUACGCCACGGCCGUCUGCGCCGGCGCGUGGGCCGUCGUCUUCCUGUACAUGCUGCCCCUCUGCCUCAUGAGGCAGAGCUACUACGUGAAGCCGCUGGGCAUCUUCACCUGCCACGACGUGCACAACGCCUGUGAGACCCUAUCGGCCUUCCAGUUCUACUACUACAUUUCCCUGGCCGUCUUUGGAUUUUUAAUACCUCUUGUGAUUGUCAUUUUCUGCUACGUCUCCAUCAUACAAACACUCAAGACUCAUGAAUGGUUCUGGUAUGUUAAAGUUAGUCUUCUGAUCCUCACCAUCUUUGCUAUUUGCUUUGUACCAAGCAACAUUAUCCUCAUUGUCCAUCACAUCAACUACUACUAUUAUAAUACAGACAGGUUGUAUUCUUUUUAUCUAAUUGCUUUAUGUCUUAGCAGCUUAAACAGCUGCCUCGAUCCUUUCCUUUACUUUCUGAUGUCCAAAAUUAGAAGUCAGUCCAACACUUACCUAACAAUGGUUAAAGUAUCUAGGGAAAAAUGAAUUUAAGUUCUGUAUUUAUUAUUGUGGGAAUGAUUUUGUACAGUGUUAAGCCACGGAGCCAUAAACCUGAGGUGCAACAAUGAAACAUGUUAAAAACACAAUGCACAAUAAAAUUUACUUCCUUCCAAGCACCAUAAGAAGUGUCUUCUGAAAUAAAAUUUCAGAAUUAGCAAGGUAUAUCAGGCAUAUUACAGUAACUGAUGUACUUACGACUCAGGGAAGUAGCUAAGCACCUCCAUUUUCUUCUAAAAAGUUCCCUUUUAUGGCUUUAGGGAAGAGAGUAUCAACACCUAAACGCUAGAGGACAAGGCAAUUCCUGAAGCAGCACUUUCAGGCCCAUUCAUGAUUUCCAAAUCCUUCAGAUGAGCUCUCUGCACUGCAGGAAUGCUGAUGCCAAAACACCUUUUGGCAGCAGUGGAAAUGGGAACAAAUAAAAGCACUUUCUCUGUGUCCAGGGACAGCAUAGCUUCACAGGAGCUUCCUGCCUACGCAUCCUGAUACGGCCAAGAGCAAAUAUUGCCCUGGAUGAUGGAAACAGAAAGCCAGGGUGCCUUCAGCUUCCAGCAGCAGUAAAUCCACAGCGGUGUGCAGAACCUGACGCACUUCCAAGCCACCAUGAGAGGCGACUUCAGCAGCUUUGCGCUGCAGACUUGUUCUUCCACUUUGUCAGCCCCGCGCGCCUGCAGCCCACGAGCGCUGCUCGAGGCCAGCCCUUAUCAGCAGCGAUCCGGGCGUGCUUCGCUCUCGCUCAUUAAGCGCAACAGGGAAGUUACUGCCUCGUAUUCCCUCGAUUUCCACAUCUUCACAGGAAAUACCUAGACCAUUACAAACGGCUGGGGACACUUGUAAUUGUCCACAUUAAUAAAGUGACGAGUUUGCUUGCACAUUUAUAGAAACUCAGAAUCUGCAAGUCCUGAGUGCAGGUUUCUACAAAAUGAAGUCAGUAGCUUGUGUUUGUAUUUGUAACAACUGCAGCGCACAAGGCUGACAAAGGCAGAUUUAUGAGUUUUGAAUAGCAUUAGGAAGCAUUACUUCAAAAUAAAAUCAUUUGCACUGGAAAUGUUGAAAACUGAAAGUAUCUCCAAGAGGUUGGAGACCGGUAAGGCUCUUGGUUCCUAGUCUGAAAUAUUUAUCCUCUCGUUUUUGCAAAAUGAACAAGGACCAAUAAGUUACCUUAAAACAAAGA